AUGGUCCUAAUGGAAAUGAGAAAGGAAGUGGAUAAAAGUAUCAAGUUUAUAAUCUUUUGCUAAUUCAAAAUCAUCGACUAUGAUAUUUGUAUUUGUUAUUAAUCUCAUUUUUAAAUUUGUGUUAUUUCUUUAUCAUUCAACUAAUUAUAUAACACAAAAUUCUAAAAUAACAAUUGCAUUGUCAAUUAGUUAUCCACAAACAUCAUCAAGAGAAUUAGAUAGACAUACUGUGUUCAGAAUUCGUCUAGAACUCAGAUGGAAACCAUUAGCAAAAUUGAAGAUCUAGAAAAACUGUAAUAACAAUGGUUAGAUUUGGCAAAAUAAAAAGGCAACAACAAUUAUGAUCAAGAUGAUGAAAUCGAAGAGCAGGAGGACAAAAAAGAAGCCAAAGUCGAUAAAGAUUUAUAAGAAAGUGAAAGUGAAUCUGAUGAUGAUGAUGAACCAAAGGGUGGAAGGAAGAUACCCUUAGUUGAAUUAGUCAAAGGUUUUAUUCCAAGGCUUUUAAGACCAGAACCUCAGGAAUGACAUAUCUAUAUAUUGUGUGAUUUUUAUCAAAACUAUUUAUAA